AUGCCAUCCCACUCCCUCCUCCCGGCACCCAAACCCACAAUUCGCACCCUAACCACCUGCCUCGGCCUCCUCAGCUGCACCAUGGGCCUGCGCGCAAUCCACAACCCAGCACAAUGGAGCCUCAGUUUCGGCUUCCCAGCGACGACCUCGACAGCCAAGACCGCGGCGCAAAACCCAUACAUUCCCGCCGUCGGGGCGCGCAACAUUGCCUCUGGCCUGGGUCUGAUACUGUGUGGGGUGUGGGGGCUGGAUAGGGCGUUGGGGGUGAUGUUGUUGACUGGGUGUGUGGUUGGGGUGGUGGAUGGGUGGACGGUGCGGCCGGAGGGGUGGUAUGGGGAGGGAGAGGGGGAGGUGGAAGGGGAGACGUUGAGGGGGAGGGAGGAGAGGAUGGGGGUUAUGAGGGGGAAGGUGUGGAUGCAUUGGGCUUUGAUUCCGGUUGUUGCGGGGGCUGGGGUGUGGAUGUUGUAG